GCUACUUCCUGCCCGGCACCACGUGACUCCUCCAGGUGCUCCAGCUGUGCAGUAUUUAAUGUCCACAGCUGAGGCGCCGGCUUGGUAUUGGGCAGGCGAGUUCUCAAGCGCUGCAGACUGGCCUCUGGUCACCUGGCACACAUGGGGGCAGCACGCGGGCUUUAAUUAAAGGCUGUCUUGUGUUUAGCUCUGUUUUUGAUUUUUUUUUCCUGGCGAUUCGGAUUGGUGCAUUUAAAAACAACGUGUAUCUGAUUUUCUUGUACUGGAGCCGCCUGCAGGAAACCGCAGCUGUUCUCCAUCUCGGUGUGUCUGGAGUAGGGACUGAGGCAGUCCUCCCUCGGAUGCUGAAUACUGUGCGCAAAGGGAUGCCACUCACUCCCCAAACUCCUCUCCCGCUUGCAUGGACCGUAGGAGGAUUUGGAGCCGUGUGAGCGGUCGGAAGGGACUUGAUCUAAGUAUUUGCAUGCGGGAUCCGAGCUCCGCUAUUACCAUGCGUGUUGGUGACAUCUGGCGCGGGCAGCUCCCUGGAUCCGAUAGAGGGUAAUCUGAACUGAGCCGCGGGAGGUAGACCAGCGGGGACACCAGUUCACCGAGCGAGCAGCCAGGCAGUUAGAGUCCGCUGGCUGGGGCACUGGUCUGCAGCCUGCCUGAGCCAUGGUGAAGGAGGAAUGCAAAGUGCUGCUCGAUGCGCUCAGCAAGGUGACUGCUUGCUAUCGGCACAUGGUGCUGACCAUCGGGGGCACCUCGGACUCGCAGAACCUGCGGGAGGAGUUGAAGAAGACUCGGCAGAAAGCCCAGGAGCUAGCAGUGGCUAACAGGAACAAGCUCACCGCCGUCCUGAAGGACAAGACGGUGAGUAAGGAGGACAAGACUGAAUUCGAGAGGCUCUGGGUGAUCUUCUCCACUUGCAUGGAGAUCCUGGAGAUUGACAUGAAGAGAGCCCUGGAGCUGGGCCAGGAGUUCCCCCUUAACGUUCCCAAAAAGCAUCUGAUCCAGACGGGUAUGAGCGGGGGAACCUCUGGGGUGGCCGCCAGGGCUAUGAGCGUCCAGAACAUGAAAUACGAGGCUGAACACAACAUCGACGUAGUGGAUUUGAAAGACCUGGAGAACGAGAUCAACCAAGUAGGAGAGAUGAUGUACGAGAUGGAGAUGAAGGUGAAUGUCCCCCAGUGGACAGUAGAGGCUAAGCAGGACCCUGGGGCUGAACUCAAAUCCACCAUUAGCGUGGGCGCCUCCUCCAUUGGCGUGAUCUCCGUGGAGGAAAACAAAUCCUUCUGCGAUAUCAGCAAAGUUCUAGCUGGGAUCAUUUUCUCCGCGGUGCUCAUUAUCGCUAUUGUCUUGGCGGUGUGUGUGGUAAAACUCUCAUAGGCUGGCUUAGUGUUCCUGCAAGACAGAGCCACUUCCUCUCUCAAUCUCUCUCUCAAGUAUUUCAUGCGGUAUGGUUCGCUUCAGGAUGGGUCACUUGGAAGAGCUGACAAUUUAACAUCUUGCAUAUAAAACAAAUCUGGAUGGCAUACAAUCUGAUCAUGCGUGGAGCAUCUGGAUGUAUGUGGUUUUAGUUUGUUUGAAAGCUCUAAAGGUACAGAUCAGCCUACAAUAUAGGAUGACUUUUUGCUGGUUUUGUAAUGGUUAACUGUAUGCAAAGUAUCAGAGUAUUAUCACCACAGGCUAUAGCAGGGAUUUGUCUGCUAUUAAUAGAUGACUGUUCUCAGUAGCCUGAAAUUAUUGUUCUUUAAUAGGCUCUGAUGUUCAUUGCCGGUCCAUGUUUACAAAGUAGUUGAGAAUUGCACAGGAUUUGGGAUCUAAGGUAGAUGUCUGUGGCAAAACUAAUGGAGGCGUGAGUGAGUUUUCCUCUCAAACACAGGAUAUUCUGCCCAGAAGAAAAAAUAGAAAAUCCCAGUAAGAAGAUGUAAACAACGUCUAUUUUAUCUUAAUUCUUGGAGAGUGUGCAAUCAAUGUUUGAAACCAAAUGCACUGUUUGUACAGGCCCUAAUUGCACUUUUUGGCAUGGCACACAUUAAUAAUCACUCAAGGCAAUCAAAAUCUUCAAAGUAGAUGGAGAGUAUCUUCUCUAGAACAGCAUUCACAGAGAGAUAUUAAAAGGCUCCAUCCCUCCCUUUUAUAUAUCUCCUUUUAUUUUCCCAGUAGAAAAGCUGAUUCUUGCUACUUGUCCAAAUUCUUCUUUCCAUGCAAGUGGUUGGACUUCACAUCAGCUGCAAUAUUAAAUAUUUAUCCAAAAUUAGAAAUAGCAAUUUCUAAAACAGGUUGUGGCAAACUAACAAAAUCAUGUAAAGUGAAAACCGAUGCUCUAGCUUGUCUGCUUCAGUUUCUGCAGCACAAAUAGAGAUCUAAUCUCAUGUUGACCUCUUACUGUUAAUAAGAUCUAUAUACAUAUCUGCAGGAAUCGAGAGGAAACUAGAACUGCAAGGCUCAAUCCUGUUGUUUUUAUUUGCCUGAUUAGUCCAAUUGAAAUGACUGGAAAUGCAGAAUUGGGCCUAUAAUUGAUCUCUUUAAUUGGAUGCCUGUGCAGUUUUGUAAGAACUGAGCAUAAAGACUAACUUUGACAUUUUUUUUCUUUUUGAUUGUUUGCAUGUAGACAGUUUAAACUCUUUUCCCUCCCCCAAUAAAACUGUGAGUACUGACACAACA